GCCUAAUUGUUCAUUAAGUUGAAACAGAUCAAGAAAGUCAGAAGAAAAAAGACUAGUAUAAAAGGUUGGGAAAACUGUAGUAAGUUAAAUACUAUCAAAGAUAACGUUGAACAAAUGCUUAUUGAAAAUGUAGGAAAUGAUUUUGAAAAUGACACAUGGUAUGAUGCUAUGGAGACGGAUAAUCCAAGCGACACCAAUCGUUUAAAUUUUGAUCACUUAUCAGAUCAGUUAAUAAUAGAUAAUAACUUAUUUCCUCCUGAUAGCAACAGUAAUAAUAAUAGUCAUAACCACGACAGCAACAAGCUCCAACCAAUUAGACAAUUUGCUGAUCUGUAG